AUUGGUCUUCUAAUUUCUUGAACUGGGUGGAAUUAUAUUUGUCUUCGGUACAAACCGGCGGCGUCUUUAUCUCUCUAUUUCUCGCUCGGUUUUUUUUUUUCUUUCUUAAUUUUCAAUUUUCGAGAUUUUACAAAAAAUCAAUUUCGAGGUUGUUGAUUUGACCCUAGUUCUUUCUUUUAUUUAUAAUUUUGCCCUCUACACUCUUCAACAUGGUUUCACUGUAAAGAGUCAUAAUGAUGGUCCGUCUCUCAUAAUCCAUCCUCUCUUUCACUCUCUCUCUCUCUGUUUUCAUUUACUCAUCGAGAGGCCGGGAGUGUGUCGUUUCAGUGGAAAAAAGUACAUUGCCUUUUUAUCAACAGUUAUAACUGCUAUAAAUGGCAGCUUGAAUUCUAAAUCGAGGCUUAUUUCGAAAAUAGCAGUUCAUUAACUCCGCAGAAGUCAAAAGUCAAUGGCCUCCAUGGAAAGUGACUCAUCUGAAGAGCAAGAAAAUUCAACUGCCUUUCUCACUGGCAUAAAAUUUCAUGUCUCGAACGAUGCUGAUAAUGAGAACAUGUCUAUCUUGGAAAUUACUGCACCCAGUGAGGUGUCUGAUCCUAGGUUGGGGUUUCCGAAUUUUUCUAAUCAUUGCACCACUUGUGAUGCCAGAGAUAUGAAACAAUGUGAAGGCCAUUUUGGGGUUAUUAAAUUUCCAUACACAAUACUCCAUCCAUUUUUUCUUUCAGAAGUUGUACAUAUAUUAAAUAAGAUUUGCCCAGGAUGUAAAUCGAUCCGGAAAGAUCUAUGGAUGAAGGGUGCUAAUUCUAUAGCCAGAUUACUUGAAACCAAGGGGUGUAAAUAUUGUGUUGGGAAUUCAAUAGAGUGGUAUCCACCCAUGAGAUUCAAGAUAACCUCGAAAGAGCUUUUCAGAAAAAGUGCAAUCAUGGUAGAGGUAAGUGAAAAUUCUUUAAUGAAGGUCCGGAAGAGAGGAAGGCAAGCAUUACCUGCAGAUUACUGGGACUUUAUUCCAAAAGAUCAACAACAAGAAGAAGGUUUUGUGAAACCAGGUAGAAGAGUCCUAUCACAUGCCCAGGUUCGACAUUUGUUGAAGGACGUUGAUCCAGAGUUCAUUAAAAAGUUUAUUUCAGAAGCAGACUCUAUUUUCCUCAAUUGUUUUCCUGUGACACCCAAUAGUCACCGAGUGACAGAAAUCAUGCAUACAUCUUCUAAUGCGCAGCGAUUGAUCUUUGAUGAAAGAACCAGGGUUUACAAGAAACUGGUUGAUUUCAGAGGGCUAGCAAAUGAAUUGAGCUCUCAUGUAUUGGAAUGCCUAAAAAUUUCUAAGCUGCAUGUGGAGAAGCCAUCAACUGAAGAUUCUGCACUCAUUGCUGCUCUGAAAAAGAAUAAAGAUUCUGCUUCCAACAUGUCAGGUUUAAGAUAUAUGAAAGAUGUUAUUCUUGGGAAGAGAAAUGAUCAUUGCUUCCGCAUGGUUCUUACUGGAAACCCAAAUCUUAAACUGUCUGAAAUUGGUAUCCCAUGUCAUGUUGCCGAGAAAUUGCAAAUCGCUGAGCAACUGAACAGGUGGAAUGAGGAGAGAUUGAAAACUUGUUGUAAUCUGCGUAUUCUUGAGAAGGGUGAGAUUCGCAUUAGGAGAGAAAGUAAAUUAGUUAGAAUUCGUCAUAAUGAAAAGGUCCAAGUAGGGGACACUAUCUAUAGGCCCCUAAAUGAUGGGGAUACAGUACUUAUAAAUAGACCUCCUUCUAUACAUCAACACUCUCUCAUUGCACUAUCUGUUAAAGUUCUACCUGUCAAUUCAGUUGUUUCGAUAAACCCACUAAUAUGUUCCCCUUUUCGUGGAGAUUUUGAUGGUGAUUGCCUUCAUGGUUAUGUUCCUCAGUCCAUUAACACAAGGGUUGAGCUCAGUGAGCUUGUUUCUUUGGAUAGGCAGCUAAUUAAUGGCCAAAGUGGUCGAAAUCUGCUUUCACUCAGUCAUGAUAGUUUAACGGCUGCUUAUUUGGUCAAGGAGGAUGGGGUACUAUUGAACCUGUUCCAGAUGCAACAGCUGGAAAUGUUCUGUCCUAAUCAUUCACCGUUGCCAGCGAUUGUCAAAGCUCCUUUGCUAAGUAAUCCUGUUUGGACUGGAAAGCAGUUAUUUAGCAUGCUCUUUCCUCCCGAAUUUGAUUAUGUUUUUGCACCAAGUGAUGUUGUAAUCCACAAUGGGGAUCUCAUAUGUUCUUCUGAAGGGUCUACUUGGCUACGAGAUGCUGACGGCAACCUUUUCCAAAGUCUUAUUAAGCAUUACCAAGGAAAGGUCCUUGACUUUUUGCAUGCUGCUCAGGAAGUUCUUUGUGAGUGGUUGUCAAUGAGGGGUUUGAGUGUUUCACUCUUGGACCUAUAUCUAUCUCCUGACUCAGAUUCACAAAAGAACAUGAUGGAUGAAAUCUUCUAUGGUCUGCAAGAAGCAGAGCAGACAUGUAACUUCAAGCAGUUAAUGGUUGAUUCUUGUCAAGAUUUCCUGGCUGGAAACGAUGAAGAAACUAAUAGGUUCAUGGUUUUGGAUGUUGAGCAGAUGUGCUAUGAGAAACAAAGAUCUGCUGCACUUAGCCAAGCUUCUGUUGAUUCAUUUAAGCAAGUUUUCCGUGAUAUUCAGAAUUUACUCUACAAGUAUGCAAAUAAAGAGAAUUCAUUAUUCACCAUGUUCAAAGCAGGGAGCAAGGGUAACUUGCUGAAGUUAGUACAGCAUAGUAUGUGUCUUGGAUUGCAACAUUCACUUGUCCCUUUAUCAUUCAGAUUUCCUCAUCAGCUCUCAUGUGCUGCAUGGAAUAAUCAAAAGUCUCACAUCUUAACCCAAAAGGUUGAUGAUACUGAUGAGUCUGCUAAGAAAUAUAUCCCCUAUGCUGUGGUCGAAAGUUCGUUUGUGAAGGGUCUGAAUCCAUUAGAAUGUUUUGUUCAUUCAGUGACUACUCGAGACACAUCUUUCAGUGACAAUGCUGACCUUCCUGGGACGCUGUCACGAAGGUUGAUGUUCUUCAUGCGUGAUCUAUGCACAGCAUAUGAUGGAACUGUGAGGAAUGCAUAUGGGGAUCAGGUUGUUCAGUUCUGUUAUAAUACCAAUAAGGGUAGAUUUAGUCCAACUAGUUGCCCUGACAAAUUAGUAAGUCAGGGCAAUAGUCUUCCUGAUGGAAUAGGUGGACAACCUGUUGGUUCAUUAUCUGCCUGUGCCAUUUCUGAGGCUGCAUAUAGUGCAUUGGAUCAGCCAAUUAGUCUACUUGAAUCUUCUCCAUUGCUGAACUUGAAGAGGGUCCUUGAGUGUGGUUCUAAAAGAAGCAAUGCUGACCAGACUAUGUCACUAUUUUUAUCUGGUAAACUUGUAAGGAGAAGGCACGGUCAGGAGUAUGGAGCCUUAGAAGUCAAGAAUCAUUUGGAGAGGCUGAUCUUUAAAGAUAUUGUGUCUACUGUCUCAAUAAUCUUCUCUCCACAGAUGUCUAGUGAAAACCGUUUCAGUCCUUGGGUUUGCCAUUUUCAUGUGUUUAAGGAUAUUGUGAAAAGGAGGCGGCUUACAGUGCAUUCUAUUAUUGAUGCUCUUCACAUGCACUGCACCAAUGCCAAAAGACUAUGGAAAAUCAAUUUGCCUGACAUGCAAGUUACAAGCAAGGCUUGUUCUAUUAUUGACAUGGAAAAUGAAGAUGAUACGUUUUGUAUCACUGUUACAAUUGUUGAAUGUAAAACUUCUCGUAUAGAACUGGAUGUGAUUGAAGACAUGGUGAUACCUUCCCUUCUGGAAGCAGUGGUAAAAGGAUUCCCGGAGAUCAAGAAGGUGGAAAUUUUAUGGAAUGAGGAAAUCAGAGUCCCAAAUUCUCAUAAAUCUGCUCCUGGUGAACUUUACUUGAGGGUUUCUGUAUCUGGCGAUUUUGGUAUAACUAAACUCUGGAGUGUGCUUAUGAAUGAUUGCCUCCAACUAAUGGAUAUAAUCGAUUGGACACGGAGCCAUCCAGAUAACAUUAAUCAGUUUUGCUUGGCAUUCGGAAUAGAUGCUGGAUGGAGAUUUUUUCUCAAUAAUAUGAAGAGUGCAAUAUCAGAUACUGGCAAGUCUAUACUAAAUGAACAUCUGCAUCUUGCUGCCAAUUGUCUGUCAGCUACCGGGGAGUUUGUUGGUUUAAAUUCAAAAGGCUUGAAACAACAAAGAGAACAUGCAUUUGUCUCUUCUCCUUUCAUGCAAGCAUGCUUUUCAAACCCUAGUGCUUGCUUUGUCAAAGCUGCAAAGACUGGAGUUGCGGAUAAUCUUCAAGGGACCAUUGACCUAUUGGCUUGGGGAAGGGUUCCUCAUAUUGGGACUGGUGGACAGUUCGAUAUAGUCUAUUCUAUGAAGGAUGAAGAGCUUGCAGAACCGGUUGAUGUGUAUAAGCUGCUAGGAGAUUCUAUUAAUUCCAAGAAGCAGGAUAUAGAGUUUGAAAUACCUAAAGUUUUUAACUCUACAUCUGAGAAACAUAGUUCUUCAUUCAAGGGAGCUCUUCGUGACUCUGUCUUUGAUGAGUGGAAGAAGAUUGAAACGAAAACAAGGUCACUCUUGAGAGGACGUCUAACCUUGAAUGACGUUCAGAGGCUUGAGCGUAAUUUAAAGAAUAUUUUGCGCAAAUAUCCUAUUGAUCACCGGGUAAGUGAAGCUGACUGGGAUACCUUGAUGAUGGCCUUGUACUUUCACCCUCAUAGGGUUGAGAAGAUCGGAUCUGGAGCUAAGGAAAUAAAGGUAGGGCAUCAUCCCGAUCAUGCAGACAGUCGUUGUUUCUUUUUGGUUAGAACAGAUGAGACAACUGUAGAUUUCUCAUAUCGGAAAUGUGUUGUCGGUGCACUCGAGAUCAUUGCACCUCGUAGGGCACAAUCCUACAAGUCAAAAUGGUUACAACAUGGUAGUUUGUAAACCAAACUCCACAAGCGCUCACUUGUGCAUGUAAAUAUAGCAAGAUCCAUACCUUCCUAAAACUGUACAUUUCUACAGAGACUACUGAGCACAAGAGGAGUAGUUUGAACAGUAUUUCAUAUCCUUUUGUUGACUUUUUUUUUCUUUUCUUUUCUUUUUUUUUUUUUAAUUUUUAAAAGUGUAUUUCCCAGCCUAAUAGAAUAGGGUCGCCGCUUUCCUCAGCUUCUUUUUGCUCCUUCUACUGGAACUUGUUUGCCUUUCUUUUUAACAUGAGACAGAAAAGAUCCAGUGGAAGCAGCAACGAAAAGCUUGUAAAGUUCGACCCCAUUUCGUUUUGUAUUUUCCAUAACUACAUGUGAUAGUGUUAUUAAGUAACCUGUUUCAGCUAA